AUGAUUCGUCUUCAACCUCAUGACAAGUUUGUUGCUGAAGUGGCAGUUCCCCAUAUAUUUUCAGACUUACCUGAAUCUAAAGUACUCUUCGUAGGCAACAAGACAUUUUAUUUCGAUGUUGGUUCUAAUAGAUUUGGUGUAUUUCUGCGUAUAUCCGAAGUUCGUGCUAACAUUCGUUCCUCAGUCACCAUACCUGAACAGCAUUGUACGCGAUUUUGUGAUAUUAUUACUGAGUUGGCAAACAAAAUGUCCAAUCAAAAGCUAACUAACGGAGUGUCUGAGAAUGGAAACAAUUCUGACCAACCAGAAGAAAAAGCUGAAGAUGAUGUAAAAGAAGAUACGAAUGGGGAUUCGUCGGUCGCAUCUUAA